AACCCCAAAGUAGAGGAAGAAGAACAUGUUUCCUUUGCAGGCAAUCUGAAAGUUGGUGAACGUGAUACGUGGUGUAGUUUCCAUGAUUAAAGUGAGCAGAAUAUAUGUGUAAACAGGUCGUGUGAGUAGACAUGAACCCGUCACGGAAAGCGGCUCCUGAAUGAAACCAGUUAAACGUUUGUUGCUGACGACGCCUGCGCACUCAAAACAGAAUAUCGAGCCGCCCUUCCGCCCCGCCAACUUGCACCGCAGGGUCGGGCGGACGUGGACUCACAACAACCCUGAGUUCAUUUGCUUGUCUAAUUGAACACUUUCCGACAUAAAAUGGACAACCCACAUCGUACCGAGAACGAUGCACCUCUUCUGCUGCCGUCUCUUCGCCUCUUCAUACCUCCGCUGCGCCUGGUGUCUGCAGCCAUGUGGCAGGUCGUCCAGAGGGGAGACGUGCAGGACUACGGGAUGGUGGAGGAGUUCAUCAGCACGGUUACAGAUAUCGUACCUGAACUUCUAAAUGCAGAUCAGAAAGCUCAACUCCUGUUGGGUCUCAGAGCACGGGUGGUUCUUGAAUUGUGUCGGGCUGAACCGAUAACAGAAACGGAGACCAUUGAGAUGGACCUGGAGCGGAUCAAGGCCCUCGUAUCUACUUGGGCAGCACAGCCAUGUUUUGCAGAGGUCAAGUUUCCAGAAUCAAACUUUGUGGAUCAAGUUGAAAUGCUGUUAAAAGACCCUGAAGAGAAGGAGAAGUUUUUCCAGGAUGUUUUCCCCACCGAUUUUGGGCCUGAAUAUGACAGCGCUCUACAGGUGCUAAUGCUGGACUUCCUGUCCAGACUGGAGAAGCUUCUUCCAGUACCAGACAUUCAGCAGACUGCGUCCAUGCUCAGCGCUGUCCCGUCUGCCCUGGAGGAGUGUGUGCACUCUGUUCCCGACCUGCAGCACCUGAAAUCUGUGCUCCAGUACCACACGACACUCGGACAUUUCGAUUUAUCUGAUGAAACUCAGACCAUUCCAUCUUCCUUUGGGAAUUGCAUCCUCUCCUCCCUGUCUCUCCCACAGCUGGAGAAGGUUGUAAUUGACGCAGACCAAAUACAGUUACAGCCUCCAUCAGAGCAGAUACCAGGGUGUAUGACUGUCCAGGUGGAGGGUGAAACCGUCACACUGUUGGACUACAUACAGAUCGAACAGCCGUCAGGUUUGGUCGAUCAAGACGAGUCUGUAAACGAGGAGGAAACGGCCGGAGACGCCACGAACGAGGACAUCAGCGACACACUAAAGCCGGCAUCUUUUCAGCCGCUAAAACAAAGCAAAAGGCUCCAGUUAAAGAGAAAAGCUUUAAAAGAAAAGAAAGACUCUUCAACAUCAGCUAAGAGACAAAGAAAAAAAUACCCCAAUAAUAAGACAUGUCCGGUGUGCAGUAAGACUUUCCUGCGGGCUGCGGCCAUGAGGCGACACCAGGAAAUUCAUUCUUCAAAUCGGGAUCUCAGGUACAAGUGCGCCAACUGCGACAAACGCUUCAGGGACCAUUAUGACAUGAACCGACACAACAUGCGCGUUCAUGAAAAGGAAGAGAUGAGCAACGAUGCUAAAUCGGAGGACUUGGCGGAUCCUAGCACGUCUGAGAUGUCGGAAAACAAAAAUUGCGUUCUGUGCGGGAAGUAUUUCGCUCGCCAGGUAGACAUGGAGAGGCACAUGAAGUCUCACUCGGAGGACCGCCCGUAUAAAUGCUCAUUCUGUGAGAAGAAGUUUAAGAAUCCUUAUGUUUUAAAGAGGCAUCAGAAGGAGAUAUGUAAGAGCAGAGAGCUGAAAAAGUCCGCCAUGGCGGCCAAGAGGAAAGAAACGCCGCGCGCAAAUCCGCAGCCGCCUUUGGAGGGCUUGACUGAGGGCAAGAUCUGCCCCAUCUGCAGCAGGAUCUUGCCUUGCACCGCGGACAUAGCGAAGCAUUUAAGAUCUCACACGGAAGAGCGUCCCUUUAUUUGCAUCACUUGCGAGAAAGGUUUCAAGUACAAGGACACGUUGAAGAAGCAUCAGAUUAUUCACGGCCACGAGGGAAUCCGCGAGGAAGAGAGCAAGACGGUGGAACAGAUUUUGGCCGAAGCCGACACUCAGAACUGCAGCGAUAGCAGCAGCCUCGAUAAAAAAGAAGAAAACCCUGACGCGCCUGCUGACACUUCAGAAGAGCCCCCGUCUGCCGCUCAGCAAAAAGCUAGCAAAAAGGCUCUUAAAGUGUGUCCCGUCUGCUGUAGGGCGUUCGACAGCGUCAAAACACUCAACAGGCACAUACAGUGUCACACAGAGGAUCGUCCGUACCAUUGCGUCCACUGCAAGAAGCGUUUUAAGCACAUGCACGGGCUGAAAAGACACCAGAUUUAUGCCAUUUGUCAUAAGAAAAUAGCUCGAUUCGCGUGGAAAAAGGAGCAACGAGCAGGACCCAGCCAAAGCGAAGUGACCAGCGUGGACACCCAGCAGGGGCAACCUCUGAAGAUACCCGUGUGGUGUUCAAACUGUGGCAAGCACUUCGAAUACCUGUCCGCUCUGAAGGAGCACCAGGAAAACGUUUGCAAAGUGGAAAUGAGGGAAAUCAUGAAAUGCGACGACUGCGGGAAAGAAUUCAAGAGCAUGACCAUGCUCAAGGUGCACCAGAGGAUUCACGAUCCCCUCUACUGCAAAGAGUGCGGGAAGAUCCUCGCGAGUGAGGCUGCGUUCGAGAGGCACAAACUGAUGCACAGACCAAUGCAAUGUACAAUGUGCGACAAGACUUUUACCUUAAUGAGACGCCUGAGGGAACACUACGAGAAGCAGCACAACUUCACCGGACCGUAUCCUUGUGUUCAGUGUGACAAAACCUUCAUCCAGCUGUCCUACCUCGCCAUCCACCAGAGAAUCCACAAAGGAGAGUUCCCUUACAUUUGUAAUAUGUGCCCUGAAAAGUUCAGGUCUUCCAACUGUCUGACGGUGCAUCAGCGGAAACACACAGGUGAGAAGCCCUUCCUGUGCUGGCAGUGUGGAAAGUGCUACCGCUCUGCCUCGGAGCUCACGGUGCACAUGGGUACCCACUCUGAGGAGAGGCCCUGGGCCUGCACACAAUGCGACAUGGCGUACCGCACCAAGCUGCAGCUGACAAACCACGUAGAACAGGUCCACAUCGGCGUCAGGUAUCCCUGCAACAGCUGCGGAAAGCAGUUCAUGAAGGAGACGUCCCUGAAGAGGCACGAGCUCACCCACACGGGCGAGCGGCCUCACCAGUGCACCGUGUGCGGGAAGACCUUCCUGACCGCCAACGAGCUGAGGCUCCACAACAGGUAUCACACCGGGGAACGCCCGUACAAGUGUGAAUUGUGCGGGAAAGCUUUCAUCCAGUCGGGAUAUCUGAAGUCUCACAUGCGCAUCCACACAGGAGAGAAGCCAUUUAAAUGUGACAUAUGUGAUAAAGGCUUCAGACUGUCCUAUCACAUGAAGAAACACAGGCGGACUCACGCCGGAAAGCCAAAGAGCUACGUAUGUGAGGAGUGCGGGUUAGGGUUCCUCCAUAAAAAGUCACUUUGGGAACACUCGCUCACUCACGAUGUGAAAAUCGAAGAGUCGUUCACUGAUGAAGUGCGAAUAGAAUUUCAGUAGAAAUUCUUUUGUUUUCAUGACUUUUGUUUUCCUUUUUAUUGGACGUCAGUUUCCAGUGAGUUCACCAAAAAAAACACUCAAUUUCCUCCUUUUUUGUUAUUUGAGUUUGACCAAUUUGUAAGUUAGUGUUGUUCUUUUUCCUCUUGUUGUGUUACAGUGUUGAUUCACAUGUUCAAUAAGGCUUAUUGAUGAUCUAUAAGGCAUGUACAUAUUGGAAGCCAAUGAAAUCAUUUCUGCUUAAAUGGCUUUUUGAAAUAAAUCAACUUUAAAUGUA